AAACACAGUACUGAAACUCUGUACUUCCUGUCCGGAGUGUGUCGCGCUUCCUCUUGUUGAUGUAAACAAGUUACUUUGCUGGUUUUAUAUGUGCAGUCAAACAUUUCUUACGGUUUUAAUAUCACCACAAUAACAAUGAAGAAGUUUUUCGAAGGCAUUAAAAGGGAUAUACAAUUUAAAUCAGCGGGACAAGGAAAGAAACUCACUGAUGACACCAGCACUAAGGAGGCAGCAGGGCAGACGGCUAACCAGGUUAAGCCUCGCGCUGCCCCUAACGAGAGCACAAAGAGAGCUGCAGCUGCUGCCCUGGCCAGGAUCGAGCAGCAGCACAAACCCAGACCACAAACAUCACAGGACGCCAUCAGAAACCAGGUGAAGAGGGAGCUUGAGGCGGAGGCUGCAGCCACAGCAUUGGAAAAUAAAAGCACAGAUGUAGAGGGUUCUAAUGUUCUAGUGAAGGAGGCCGCAUGUUUUUCUGUGUCUGGAGUUUACUUCAUCUGCCCUCUGACAGGGGAAAAGUUAAAGAAGAGCGAGAGAGAGACACACAUCAAAGAGGCCAUUCUUCUGAGAUUCUCUGAGAAUCCAGUGGAGGCUUCUGUUAUGAUGAUUCACACUUUUAACAAGGACAGAGAGAAAGUGAAGGGUGCCAUCGACAUCAUGAGCAAGUACAUUGAUAAUAUCUGCAAGAAUCCAACAGAAGAGAAGUACAGGAAGAUUAAAGUCAGCAACAAAGUCUUCCAGGAGAAGGUGAGUGUGAUUGAGGGGAGUCGGGAGUUCUUGCAGGCUCUGGGGUUUGAGAGCACUGUGCUGCCAGUGGAUGGCCAAGAGGACACAGAAGAGUUCUUGGUGUUGGCUGAGCAGGAUGCUGCAGCUCUGGAGCAGAUGAAGGAAAAGAAGGAGCAGCUGCAGAACGGAGAACCUGUACGAGCCAAGCUGGACCGCCAGGCACAAGCUUUCAGACCCUCACAGCACGCAACACGUUUCGAGCUGCCACCGGACUUUUACAACCUGACUGCAGAGGAGCUGAAACGAGAGCAGCAGCUUAAAAGUGAUUUAGUUGAAAGAAACGCCAUGCUGCGAACGAAAGUCAUGCGGGAAAAAGACGAGCAAAGGGAGAGAAGGAAGUAUAACUAUGCCCUGCUGAGAGUUAGGUUACCGGAUGGAAAUAUACUACAGGGGACUUUCUUGGCAUGGGAUAAGGUAGCAGUGUUGUACCAGUUUGUGCGUGAAUCCCUGGAGAACGGUUGGCAACCCUUCGAGCUCAUUGCACCAGGAAGCCAGAAACUAAAGGAAGACGAGGACGUGGCACUAAAUGAAUACAGCCUUGCCCCUGCAGCUCUGCUGACUUUCUCCUGGGACGCUGCGGUCCAAGCAGACAUUGCCGCAGCUGGAGGACAGAGCAGCUCAGUGCUGAAGCCUGAACUGCUUAAGAAUUUGCAGACUCUGAGCUGAACAACUCUGCUCACCCUGCCUGGGCCUCCUGUUCCCACUUUGCUGUUCUAGCGGUUGUCCUUUUCCUGCUGAAAUGCACACCACCCUGUGUUCAGUUAUGGGAAUGUUGAUAGUGUUACAGGACAAGAAACGUUCACAAGAUUUGUGCUUUAGUUAGUGCUGAAGAAGCUGUGGAUCAUUUGGUCAGGAGAGCCAGCACGACUGAGCAAAAUGUGCAUCCUGUCAGACUGAUUGUAAUCAUUUGAAAAGGAUUCUUGUGUAGUGAUACCCACUAUUAUAACUUCUAUUGCACUGUAAUGCUGUCCGUAUUAAACUAUUCCUGUCCCUGGCAACUUCUCUUUUACAAGAGAUUAUCUCCAAGCUUUACUAUUGAAUUAAAGCACUUUCUGUUAACAAAAAAAAUCUUUUGAUAAAUAAUUGUCAAAUGUACUUAACUUUGUUUAAAAUUAUUAUUAUAAAAGCUGUCUAGUUCA